AGGUAGUAGAGCAGUCGGCGGAAUCUCGGCGAGAUCGAUCCUCCACCAUAGAUCCGCGCUGGGUCUGUCGGAGCUAAAGGCUGAGUUUGGAAUUCGUGCCGACUCGCCGUCAAUACUGUUCAAGUCGCAUACAGCUAAGUUUAGGCCAGGGCUUCGCAUACUCCGUCGACUUUCGAUACAAUGUCCACAGCACAUAGACCGACAUGGGAUCCUGCCCAAGCUCGCGAUGUAAAAGGUGGCUCUCGACAGUUCUCUGUCCGAGACAUGGCAGCACACACGAAGCUCAAAUUCCGGCAACCUGGACAAACGUCCGUUGGGGACGUCGCACGGAGAGACUUACGCAUGGAUCUAUUAGCAGCGGAGGAAGAAGCACGAAACAAGAAGCGAAAAGCAGAGGGAAAGCCACCGCUACCGCUCACACUCACAAAUGGAAACGCGACGGAGGCAGGGGAUGAGGCUAACAAGCGGAGGAAGCUAUUGGAAGAAGCUCUGGAGCUGGACAAGGACGAUGAUGAUGACGAGGAGAAAGAGGAAGGUGCUGAGUCUAGAGAGCAGGAGAAUGGGGAAGAGCAGGACGAGGAAAGUGAAGAGUCGGACGAGGAAGAUGAGACCGCUGAGUUGAUGCGUGAGUUGGACAAGAUUAAGAAACAGCGGGCAGAAGAGAAGGCCCGUCAAGAGCGGGAACAGAAUGCGAGUGCUGCAGUGGCACGAGAAGCUGAGAUAGCUACCUCAAAUCCUCUCUUAAAUCUUGCUGCGGCAUUGGGACAAUCACCUGGUGUGAAUACAACUAUACCGGGGACAUUUUCCGUGAAACGGAGAUGGGAUGACGGUGAGUCACUCGGUUCCUUUACAAUUCGUCCUCUGCUAACAUUGUUCGUCUCAGACUUAAUAUUUAAGAACCAGGCGGCGAAUCAGAAAGACAAAUCUGGCCAAUUCGUCAACGACCUGCUACGGACAGAAUUCCACAAAAAAUUCAUGGCGAAGUUCAUUAAGUAAAGAGAUAAACUAUGUAAAUUAUGACCGCUUUAUUGCAAUACCCAGCUGGGUUUUUCAUCC